AGGUUCAUUUCACACUCAGCUGUAUACGGAGUUCAAACACAGUUUGGGCUUGAAAGAACACAGUCUCUGCACGGUUUCUCGCAUUCCCGACUUGAAAACAGAGACUUACUCAAUGCAACUCUGAAUAUUUCGAUUCUUUGAGAAAUAUAUAUUUCAUAUUUCUCCUUUUCGUUGAACAAAUAAUUUUUUGGAGGCAAUGUCUUCGUUUGUGUUUGGAAACAAUGUCAACCAGGAGGAUGCCGAAAACCUUGGACCAAGGCGUGUAAAGCAAGCAAAUGCAGGUCUGACCGCAAGAAAUGCACCAAAAAGGGCGGCUCUUGGGAGUAUAUCGAACAAUAUUCGGGUCCAGCCUUCUAGGGCAGCAAAGACUGGCGUAGAGAAUGGUUGUCAAGAUGAAAACGCAUUCGCUAAACCAGCAAAGAUAUUUGGUGGACAGGAAAAUAAGCCGUUUUCCAUCUUUGUCGAAGAACAGCCGGCAAGGCAAGCUUUAAAACCAGUGACCAGGUCAAAUGUGACGAAGUCUUCCUCAACACUCUGUGACAUUACAUCCUUAGUCCGUCCUGCACUUGGACCAAUCUCCACGGCCAAAGAAGAUGUGGCAAUUCACCAUGAUGAUGGUUUUGAUUCCCCAAUGGUGCUUGAUUCCACAAUAGAAGAGAUAGAAGAACCCACACCUCUAGACAGAGAAUCCAUCAUCACAACUGUUCCAGAGUAUGCCACAGAAAUCUACUCCUACCUGAGAGAGGCAGAGAUGCGAAACCGUCCCAAACCCGGUUACAUGAAGAAGCAGCAGGACAUUACCAACUCUAUGCGCAGUAUUUUGGUGGACUGGUUGGUUGAGGUGUCAGAAGAAUACAAGCUCCACAGAGAGACCCUAUUCCUGGCAGUCAACUACAUUGACAGAUUUCUGUCUCAAAUGUCAGUGCAGAGGAGCAAACUUCAGUUGGUUGGGGCUGCCAGCAUGUUCCUAGCAUCAAAGUAUGAGGAAAUCUACCCACCUGAUGUUGGAGAGUUUGCCUACAUUACAGAUGACACCUAUACCAAGAGCCAGGUUCUAAGGAUGGAAAGUUUGGUGCUGAAGGUUCUGUCUUUUGAUGUGGCUGUUCCCACUGCUAACUGGUUCUGUGAUAAUCUGCUGAAAGAAUGCAACGCCGAUGACAAAACCAGAGCUCUAGCCAUGUUCUUGAUUGAAACGACAAUGGUUGAUGCUGAUGUGUACCUGAAAUACCUGCCCAGUGUGAUAGCUUCAGCAGCCGUGUGCCUGGCCCGCUACUCCCUUGGACAGGAAGCCUGGCCUGAAAGUCUGUCGCAGUCAUCCCAGUAUGAAAUUGGCCAUUUUGCCAACUGUCUAACAGAGCUUCAUCAGACUUACAUCAAUGCACCCAAGCAUCCCCAGCAAGCUCUGGUAGAGAAAUACAAGACUUCAAAAUUCCAUGAGGUGUCUGACUUCCAAAAGAACCCCCCACCCACCUCCCUCCCCUACAUGUCAUAAACCUCCACCUUGGAUAUACCAAAGGUCUUUCAUAUUGAAAAGGUCACAAAGUGUUGAGAGGGACUGGGAUACCAGGUUAAAGAUUUCUGAGCUGGGCCACUUCUAUGACAGAAGCUCAAGAUUUGAUGUACUGCACUGUUAAUGUUGCCUAUCUCCAUUCUGACAUGCAUGUUCUUGGAAUGAGCACCUGUUUUAACCGUUAUUAUGUUAAGAAAAUGUCAAUCAUUGGAAAGUCACCUGUUUUAACCAUAUGUUGUUAUCAAAUGUUGAUUGUUUUAACUCAUGCUGGCAACAUUAACUGUACAGUACAUUAACCAAGAACCCAAAAGUAACUACAGCAAUGAUAGACUAGUUCAGCGUUAGUGCUUCACUGCUUCAUGGACAGACUGAAGUUGGCCCUGUGUGCAAGACAGAAAAUUCCCAGGGAGCUCGGUGCAAUAGCAGGCAGCAGUCAUAUUCACUUGCAUGAAUGGCAUAUAUUGUGUUCCAAACCAAAAAGACUUAAAUGUGUGUGAGAGAAACCGCAUGGAUUGAUUGUGUGUGAAAGAAACUGCAUGGCUCAAGUGUGAAACCAUUUUUAUCAUUGUAAAUAAUCUUUGAAUUCUUUCAUGCAUGUUGAAAUUUAUAUUUUUUAAUUUAUUUUGAUGCCUCCACAACCAUUGAUGUUUUAAUUAACACUUUCUAUUCUUUUAACUUCUUUCUCAAAUCUUAACCUGUCCUCAAUUUUUGAUUUUUUUAAGUUCAUUGUUUUAUAAAUCUUGCAAAAAAUUCUUUUAAAGGUUGUUGUGAGAUAAUCAUUGAUUGAAAUUGUGAGGAUUUUUACCUGUUUAUCAUGAUUAUAUUUAUGUAUGACCACUACAUGAAAUGAAGUAUAUUCAAUAAUAAAGUGUGUUUUUGUU